AUGGUCUACAUUCCUAACCUUCACUACGACAAGCAGCGUCUUCUCGCUCUCGUUACCGCCGACCUUACAUCAGCUCAACUGAACAGAAUUCAGGAACUGUUCGGCAUCGGCGUUACUUUGCGCUCUCCAUACCCUGCGGAAGAGCUUUUCAUCAAGGACAAGCGUGAGUGGUCGCAUCUUUCUCAUGCGGACUCAAUGCGAGCAUAUCCCGAACAAGACCCCUUGCUCGUCACCGACUCCCAUACGCCGCUCGAUGGGGGAAUCUGGUACAUUGAGGGCUUCGCCACUGCAGACGAUGUUGCAAAUAGGCUAGCUGAAAGCCUAAACACUCUUUACAAGAUACGCAUGGAUAUCUGUGAUGUUGUCAUGCAGUUCGCCAGCUACAGUGUUGCCAAUACACACAUCUCAAACGACUUGUAG